AGCGUUAGUAAGUUGUGAACAACUUUAAGACAUAAAGUAAGACGAGAUACUAAAUUAAACAAAACUUUUUAAAUUAAAGAAGAAAAAACUAUAGAAGCAUCAAACACGCUGUCACAUUUCACGUCAUUACGAAAUCGGAAAGUAUAAAUUAUACAGGAAUCAAAAUUCACAGUUUAAGUCAAACAUAUAAAAACGCUCAAAGAAAUUGAAUUAUCACAUUGAUUGAAACACGUUGGUUGGAAAUUAAUCAAAGAAAUUAAUGAAUUACUUGUGGUAGUAAAUUGUAAUCGUUUUAGUGCCUGACCAUGAUUAUCUACAUUAUACUCACACUCCUCUCCCCUGUAUUGUGCCAAUACCCUUCAUUGGCAGGAAUUAAACCAGACGUCACUUUCGGGGAUGAAAACGAAAGAUUCGACAUAUCAUCUGUUAUUAGAGACCAAAAUAGAUACUACGGUGACCAAGACUUCAGAAGAGCUCAAGAUAGAGAUCUUUUAAACGCUUUAAAAGACACCUUUACUGCAUUGCGAAGAAGUAAUGCAGAUGUAAAGAAUACAGUAGAAUUUGUUAAGAUGAGUGACUCGGAUUUCGCGUACCACGAUACAAUGGAUAGUGGUGGCGGCUCAGUUGCAGACUUUGAAAUGAAUUUGAAGAAGUUUAAGAAAGAUGCGGAUGAAUAUAGGAAGUUGAAAACUGAUCAGGGUCAGGAUGGUAGACGGACUAUUCCAGACGAGAGCGAGAUCCUUAUGAACUACGCUCUGCCUGUUCAGUUAAAGGUGAAGGGAUAUUUGCAGUUGCCUUUAGAUAAAUGAGAUAUUGUUCGAAUAAAAAAAAUGUAAAUGUUAAACUGUAACGAUAUUCGUUUUUAAAUAAGCCAAGAUUUUUAUGUAUAU